CACCAUGAUUAGAAAGAAGAAGAAGAACAGGAAGUAAACACUGACGAAAAACAUGUCAUCAAGCGGCUUCCCAGUGCCAUGACAGAUCGCACAGGUGGGCUGUUUUCCUGGCGUGUAUGAUCCCUGCUUCUCUCUGGGAGGGCGCUCAGGGCCAUGGCGGAUGUGAUGGGGCAGAGGAGCCUGGUGGGCUUUGGUGUGUUGGUGGCCUGGCUCGUGCUUUUCCACCUGCUGGUCAAUAUCUGGCUCCUGUGUGUGUUCACCAGCCUGCUGCUGGUGCUGGGAGGCUGGUUCGGCUCACAGGCCAUCUUGGAGUCCAACAGCGUGCUUCACCUGGAGAGGUUCAUCAACCUGGAACAGGUUCAGUCAUCUGCAGAGGAUGAAGACAAUCUGGACCAGGAGAUCCAUAACACAGUGAGGAAAAUAAUUAGAGACUUUGUCACUUCGUGGUACUCCACUGUGUCCACAGAGAGCAGGUUUGAAACGGAAGUUCAGGAAGCCAUGAUCUCUAUGGCCAUGGAGCUGAAGCGGCGCGCCAGGCAUGUUGACAGGCAGGAACUGACGCAGAAGGUCCUGAACCUGGUGGGCAGCCACCUACAGGAUUAUCUCAGAGCCAAGGAGCUGGCCAAAGAAGAAAGUGCCAGUGGGAGCGAGCAGUUGUGGAAGGCCUAUUCCUCUAUUGUCACUCCUCACGUCGCCAUGAGCCAUGACGCAGCCGAGGUCAACUACAUCCGAGCCGUCGUGGACUUGCUGCUGCACGUCCUGGUGCCGUCGCCGCAUUUAGAAACCCACACGGGGCGGCUCGUCGUCGGAGAGCUCAUCACCUGUAACGUCUUUCUCCCUCUGGUCGCCAAACUGUCGGACCCUGACUGGUUGAACCUGCUGGUGAUAGAAAUCCUCGGUAAGUCCGGCGCGCCGCCGGAGACGGCGGCAUCCGUACCGGAGGCUUUCACCCUGCCACCCCCCGCUGCUCAACCAGAGACGGCUCCGCCUCAGCAGGAUGCACGUUUACCUCAGGCGAAGAGUGAGGCACCGCCGCAAAGAGCAGAGGCGGAGCGGGCCGAUAGCACAGAGGCAGCCGUGUCUGAGCCUGACGCCUGUGACGUGACUGACUCCGUGGAGGUGAAGUUUCAGCACACCUUCUCUGAAGAAGAUGACGCUAGCGGACCCUUUUUAAGGUGUUACAUGAGAGGGAGAAAGUCCAACCCGUUUUACCAAGAAACUGACUCUGACCCGGAUUCUCCUUUGGCAGACUAUAAGCCCAGCUCCACAGAUUCCUUGCUCGCAAUAGGUCAAGAAGAUUCUCUAUACGACAGACCCAGAGAUUGUACCCCAACGGCUGAGAACAACAACGGGAUAGACUUGGAGGAGGUGCCCCCAAGUCCGGUGGACGGAUCUUGCCCUAAGGUCUUGGUGAAUUCAGUCCUAGUGGACAAUCCUAGAGGCAGGAGCCUGUCCUCAGUUAGGGGCACUGAGGGGACAUGCAGUACCAGCAGCCUGCAGGAUCUGAGAAGAGAAAACAGUUCCCCUGCAGUAAACCACAGCAGGGACCUUGUCUUGGGUGUAGAGCCGACUGGAAUGGGGAAUGCCAACGAGCUGCUUGUGGCUAGUCCGCUGCAGGGCUGUUCUCCCAUGUCGACGUUCAGUUUUGAGCCCCUCAGCAGCCCAGAAGGACCAGUCAUCAUCCAAAACCUCCGCAUCACGGGGACCAUCACAGCCAAGGAACAUCGUGGCACUGGCUCGCACCCCUACACGCUUUACACCAUCAAGUAUGAGACAUCGGUGGGCUGUGAGAACCCAGAAAGCAUCCCGCCAGGCUGCGAGCUUGCAGAGUCCAUACAGACCGGCUCAGAGACUCCAGUACCCGUCCAGCCUGUGGCAUAUCACAUGGUCAACAGAAGAUACAGCGAGUUCCUUAACCUGCAGACACGCAUUGAAGAAAAAGCAGAACUGCGCAAGCUUAUCAAAGGUGUGAAAGGGCCCAAGAAAGUUUUUCCAGACAUGCCGUUUGGAAACAUGGACAGUGACAAGAUCGAGGCCAGGAAAGGACUCCUUGAAACCUUUUUAAAGCAACUGUGUGCCAUCUCUGAAAUAGCCAACAGUGAAGAGAUGCAGGAGUUUCUAGCUCUCAACACAGAUGCCAGGAUUGCCUUUGUGAAGAAACCUUUCAUCGUGUCACGCAUAGACAAGAUUGUGGUGAAUGCCAUUGUAGACACCCUGAAGACGGCGUUCCCUCGUUCUGAACCUCAGAGCCCCACAGAGGACAACGAGGCCGAGGUGGACGGGGGCCGAUUGGUUGCCGACAAGAAGAGCAGGUCUCGUCUGAAACUCUCCAGUAAAAGCAUCCCCUUCAUGAACGGCUCAGACGUCAGGCCUCCUGUGUGGUUCGCUUGGGACCAAACCAGAACAGUGUUUAACGGCAUGUCCCUGGUGGAUUUACAAGCCUUCAUCAGCGAGGAGGAAAAGCUGUCGCUGAAGGAGGCAGAGAAGGAGGCUGGUCCGCGGCUAGGAGGGCGUGUGGGCUGCCGGGGUCAGUGUGUGAGAGGAGAGCGGCGGGAGGAACACGGGUCAGCAGGUGAGAUGUCCCUGGCUGAGGUGGCUCUGAACAUCCUGUGUCUCCUGAUGAAGGAGCAGUGGAGCUGGCUUUGCUCUGAAAACGUCCAGAGGACCGUCAGGCUGCUGUUUGGAACGCUCAUUAACAGAUGGCUCGACGUGAGUGUAGCCAACCUGACAUGCACCAAAUACUGGGCGGUGUACCUGCAAGUAAUCCAGGAAGCUGUGUGGCCAGGAGGGGCUCUGCCAGCCGCCGCGCCGCCUGAACGCAGCCAGCAGCAGAAAGAAAGCACCAGGCAGCAAGCCUUAGACUGUCUGAUGAAACUUCUGCCAGAUUUGAUCUCAGAUAUUCUGGGUACUGAUAAGUACCGACUGAGCUGGCAGACUGCUCUGGACUCGUUUCAAGACCCCUACAUUAACAGACACCUGGUCUACUGUAUAUUUGAUCUUCUGUUGGACUUCCUGGUUCCUGAAUUACCAGAGGAGGAUUUCCAAAGAAGCCUCCUGCAGACCCUCUCUAAGAACCCAGAGAAGAUGUUGGCAUGAGAAGACAACCCAAACUCAGCUUGAUAUUUUUUUUUUUUUUGCCGUCUUAACCAAUGUCUAAUCAGUGGUGAAUAGGGCCGGUAGGGCGGGUCCAGUUCCACUAACAUUCCACUGUGAGUGUGAAAGUUGUUUCUGAUCAGGCGUGCCAUCCUCUGUACUCACAUUAACCCUCUUAGGUCACUCUUAUGACAUCCUAAGGUAAUAUUGUUACAUAAGAAGUUACUAAAGUUAUUUAAGUGUUACGUGCACACUGAUACAGGCACUAAAUUUCAAUCUGCUUUUGAUUACACACCCGGUUGGUGUUUGAUCCCAGCCCAUGACCGAUCUUUUGCUCAGAUCCAAACAUCUGAUAAAGUAUCAUCCGAUCUCCAAAUCUCACCUCUUCCUGCCUGCUUAAUAUCCCAGCUUUACAUAAACUCGUUUCAGAUGCUCCUUAUGCUCUGACUUGAUCCCAGUCCUCCACACUCUCACUUCCUCACCAUCCCACCAGCUUUGAAUUGAGCUUCAUGUUAUCCUGAUAUAAUGCAAGCUUUAUUUCUCUGAAUCUGAGCUGUCCCGAGGGAUUUACCUGACAAGUGUCGAUGUGCAAGAAAAGUACGCACUGAAUGGGAUGAGUUGAAGAGUUGUCCUGGGGAGGUUGUGUUACUGGUUUCAGAGACAUACGUCUCAGCCGUUUAUACAGUUCUUGUGUUUAAUGAAACCAGUCAAACACCGUUGCAAUAAUCUGAACUCAACUAAAACGUUACUUAAAGGCUGUAUGAUCAGUAUUGGCAUAACUAGAUUUAAAACCGUCAAACCGUUCUUAAAGAGUUCAUGGUGUGUGGUAUGUCGUCAUGUGAUGGAGAAAAAUGAGGCCACCUCUAAUCCGUUUUCUGUAGUUUUUGCCUUUAAAAUUCCCCGAACAGAAGGAAUCCACAUGAACCAUUCAUGAUUUUCGCUGCCUCGUGAUUUUUAUUGCAAACUGUGGUGGUCACUGACCGGUGUGGAGAAGUUAGCCAGUUAUAAUUAGAUUGCACAAAUCUGUUGGGAACAGUCAUUAUGUUAUUAUAUGGAGUGGAAAAUCUAUGUUUGAGUUGUGAUGAAGAAUUGUGUACAGACAAGUAGAAGGAAGUUAAUUUAGUGCACUGAACCCACAUGUAACCCUGUCCUUCAGGGCACAGCCUAAAGGUUUAAAAGGUUGUUGUUUUGAGUGAAGUUAUCAGUAAAUGUUCCCUUACCUGUUGCAAAACGGCAUCAUAGAAAAAUAUAGCUCUCCUCAGCGCGGUGGAAGGCUAACAGCGAGUCUGAUGGGACCCUGUUUUAGUUUAUUUAUAGUUAUUUAAUGCAACUCUUACUAGAUAUGACCUGAAAAUGUUCAUAUCUACAGAAUGCAACGCUGUAGUAGUGCUCUACCGUCUACAGUUUCACAAAAGCCCCAUCAUCGGCUUUGUCUUCGUUGUGUCAGUCGGACAUCUGUGAUCCUACGCAUGUUCCGCCAGCUACGGCCUCUGGCUGUAUCAGUCCACCUCAUCCAUUGUGAACUAAUAUCCUUUUUUUCUAUUUUGUUUUAAAAACGCUAUGUACUGCAGAUAGCCCGUUAAAUAGCGGUCAAAAAAGCCGUGAAACCUUUGGUCCGCCAGCAGGUGGUGAUAACGUUGGCAUGAACUAUGUCAAAAAGAAAGAAGAAAAAACUUGCUGCUCGGCUAAAGAUUCUCCCAAAACCACGUGCUGCACGUUUUCUUUGACACCGUCGAUCUUUCUGCCAUUAGUCAUGAUGCUUUUCAGCUUAUAGUUUAAGCAUUGUGGAAACAGCAAGGGCACAUCAAGAGCGAUGUGGACCACCUCUUAGAAACACCUUCAUGUUGUGGCCUCUAGCACAGAGGGCUAGCCUAUGAAGCAGGCCUCUGGAUAUCCAGUCCACACACAUGUUAAAAAUCUCCACUUUGAAAAGUAUUAUAUGAUUCAGCUUUGCUGGCAAAAGGAGAAGAAGCAGUUUGUUUAGCUAACAUUUGGCUGACUGUGGACGGGGCCUUUCAUUGUUCAGCUGACAAAAUGCUACCAAACCCGACGUAGACGGUUCAUUUCUGCUACUACAGCCAUGCAUGCCCCGGAUUUAACAUUUUCAGUACGAGUCAAUUUAGAUAACUGAAUGAAAUAAGCUAAAGGAGCAGACUAUGUUUUAAACGUUCAACCUCCUAGUGAAGUGGUUAAAAGUCCCAGUAAUAAGGCAUCUUUGAACUGCAGGUGAUGCAGCUGUUACAGAUGAAAGCGUCACUGAACCUGACUUCAAACAAUCCAAACUAUUCCUUUAAGGAGCGUGCUGCCACCUAAAGGAUGCUGUGGAAGGUUUUGCACUUUAAAAUUAAUUGCCUUAGCAUUUCAUUGCCUUUAUGAGUGACAAUGAGCGGAACAUUUUUUUUUUUCUCUGAAGAUCCUCAUUAUUGUUGGAACACACAUGAUUAUAUUAUUUACAGCAGCUUGUAAAGUCCUGAAUCUGAUCCCCCCACAACCAUGACUUUGAGAUAAAUGUUACAUAUUAUCUUUACUUGAACAGAGGACAUAAUUUUUCUGUAGUGUUUUGCACUCAUCCUGAUGAAGUUGUCCUUAUUUUGCCUUUAAUUUCUGUUUUUUCUUUCUUUUUAUCAUUAUUCAGUGUAUUUAUGAACCUAUUUAUUUGCUAGAGUUUAUAAACUAUAAGCUAAUCUUUUAUUCCGUACCUGAAUGAAGAAGUGUGCCAAUGCCAACACGGGAUGAAAGCUCUUCUUGAUAACUGAGUUUUUGCUAAAGGCCAGUUUUGCCUCCGUUUGAUUUGUGAAGAAGAAACUUCAGAAAUGUAAUUCUAAGCCUAUUUCUAUCCUCCUUCUUGCACAUGUCAUCAUAUCCCUAAAGUGAUCUUUAUAGCUGAAUUUUUUUUCUUGCUAUACAAAGUAAUAAUUUCACCUUGCCAUGAAGGUUGUCACAAAUUCAAAUGUCAAGCUGAGGACCCAUGCCCAAAAAAUCUCAAUAUUUUCAAUACUACAAGAAGGAAACAGAUAAAUAAAGGUUCAUAUAUUUUUUCCACAGCCCAAAGAAACUUCUUUUUUUGUUGUAAUUUUUGUUAUCUUGACUGCAUUACGAAUAAACAUCUUUUUUUUUCUUAGUAAAAGAUUAACAAUGAAGUCAAGUUUUCAAUAAACACAGGACGCCAAAUUAAAUUUGAACAACAUAUUGCUAAUUCUCAAGGCCAAACUGUUUGCUCCUGACCACAAAGAUUUCCCAGUAAUGCAGCUGAUAGAUCGGAGGGUUAGGUCUUUUUUUUAAGGGGUCUAAGCAAUAAAUACCUGCCAGCGGCGGAUUUCUCUCCCUGGCUUCAUUUUGUUUUCACUCCUUUUCCCUCAUUGGCUGAAAGCUAACGGAAGAGAAGGGUCAAGACAAAAGCUGAAGUUUGCCAUCUCAAAACAAGUCUGGUCUGAAACAUUUCACGCUGAUUUCUGUCAUCAUUCAUUUGAAAUGUUUUUAGUAGUGAUUGACAGGCUGUAGACAUCUGUGCUUGUUUAAACAGGAUGAAAAGGUUGUGCACAAACCUUCCCCUAUGAAUUAUUCACUGCGACAUGGAACAUGCAGAGUUGAUCUAGCUAAAGUAACGUCAUACAGAAACCAAAUGGGAUAAUAUAUAUAUAUAUAUAUAUAUAUAUAUAUAUAUAUAUAUAUAUAUAUAUAUAUAUAUAUAUAUAUAUAUAAUGUGAACCCCAGUUUUAGCUUUUCUACAUUGUCUUAACUUGUUUUUGCAGUUCAUAUCUUGCAUGGUAAAGUCAUUGUUAGGGAUGUUGAAACUUGAUCUUUAUUGUAAUGAACAAUAGGCUAAGAUGUUAACUAUUUAAGGCAAAUAUGACAGGUUUAAAAGAGGAUUUGCAUGACCUGCUGUGAAAUGUUUCAGAUCAGUUCUCGGAUCAGAGAAAUCUGUUGCUGUCUGCACCCGAUAUGAACCAGCUGUUAGCUUUAGCCUCUAGGCACAACUAUCUGUUUUUACACUAAGUGGAGACAUCCAGAGGUUUACCUAAUGUUAGAAAUUGACUCCUCAUAUCCCUCCAAUAAAACCCCACUUUCAAAAAACAAAAUAAAACUGAACUAUCACUUUAAGUUUAUAAGCUGACAAAGCAGCUGGAUGAUGAAAAUGUGGCACUUGUAUCCAUAUUGGCAAAAAUAUGUUAACAUAUCUGAAUCUGAUCAGAUGAAUGCUUACAGCUUGAUAUACAGGAUUGUUUGACAACAGCGUAUAUCAUGGGCUGUUUUAUAAUUGUCCAAAAUCACUGCUGUUUCUUAAAGCAGAGGCUUCCAUCUUAGACAGAAAUGUUAUUAAUUCUAACUUCCUAUAAUGCUUUGAUAAACAAUAAAUUAAAUAUAAACAGCCAGAUUGAUUUUUUUUUUUCACUAUAAAGCACAUUAUGCAUUUUGUUUAAUGUCACCCAUUUGGUGUGUGUUUUAAGGUGCUGGGUACGUAUGUGUUCAUGGGUUUAUAAAAAAAAAAGCCAAAAAAUGGGAACAGUUGCUUGCCAAAUGAAAUUCACAAUGUUCUCACAAUAAAUACAUAAAUUAAUUAAUAAUUAAUAUGUUCUUAUUUUUCUUAACAAUAAUAACUCAAUAGUCUUAACAUUUAGAACUAAGACUACAGAUCCUGUUGCUGGAUACACUCAGACACAGCUUAGAACCAUAAACUCAGUUAAUAUACCACUACAUGUUAAAUGGAGCCCUACUCUCUAGUUUUUGGACUUACAUGUUUGUUUUUUUAUUAUUUUCAUUGUAAAAAGCCUAUUAUUUAAGUUGUGUUUACUGUCAGAUGGACUGCUGCUGCUCUCACAGUCAGAAUAUCCAGGAGCUCCAGCUCUCAGGCUGAUUUCUGCCAUGAUGGCGGGGCCUUUUCAUUCAAUGUUUCUCUGCACUGGGAUUUGUGAACCUGUGGAUGUGUUGUGCUCGUACGCUGUCCUGUAAACAUUUUCUGCUGUCUCCACAAUAAAGUUACUAAACAUGA